ACACUAAAGAAAUGUCAAUAGAGAAAACAAAUUUCGUAGAAAAUUAAUUUCAUAAAAAAAUACAAUAAAAUAUUUACAAAUGUUGCAAAUAUUUGCCGCAUUACAAAAGAAACAAUAUUUUUUGUUAUAAAUUUUUAAAAUUAUUUACUUAAUAACAAAUUGUAUGGCAACAGGGAGCAAUAAAACAAUUAAAUGUCAAAUAAAUUUAAUACAAAAUCAUAAAGCAGUUGGGCAAAUAUUUAAAGGAUUAAAAAAGAAAAAGCGAGAACAAAAUGAAAUCAGUUUGGGUAUAAAUAGAGUUUUAAGGCAGCGCUUAAGAGGCGGCAUGGAUGCUACUACCUCAGAAGACAGUUUUUCUAUGAGUGACCAUCCUGAGGAGGAAUAUUAUGGAAGAUCUAAACAGUAUAAGUUAGUAAGACGUUUGCUGAAUAUGGCCAGCGCCUUAUCAUGGCUAUAUGUUGGUUAACCUUCACCUACUUCCUUAUGGCCAAUGAAGAAAUUGAAUACGAAGCCAUUACCUUGUCCGUGCCGCCGGGAGAAGAAGGUCUUAAAUUUGGUAUAAACCAAGAGGUGAUCGGUUCAAGUUUAUGUCUGAGAUUAUAUGGCCCCUUUACUAAGACCACUUUUCGCUUCGAUGAGCUGCAGUCCAGCCAUUUUGAGAGCCCAUUUCUGUGGGUUACAUUGCAACAAGUAGAGGAGGACAAUUCUAUUAAGACUAUCAAAUCUGUUUUACAUUUACACCUAUCCGAGCAGCAUAAAGGGGAGUGGCAGGAAAUCCUAAUGGUGGAAAAGAUAAUAGAAAAUGUUAAGUUGGAUAAUGGCAAAUAUCAGUUGCAGUUCGCGAGCAAUUUUAAUGGAACCAUACCCUUGCAAGUGGCCUAUCAAUUUAGUAUGGUCUCCAAGAAAACCGGUUUAAUAUUGGGUUUAUUGCUGUUGCUUAUUAUCUAUGUUGCCAUCAUGUUUGAGCUAGUACAUCGUACAUUGGCGGGGGUGAUAUGUUCCACCUUGGCAGUGGGUAUUAUAGCGGCGGUACAUCUGAGACCUUCUCUUCAGAUAAUAUUCAAUAUCUGGGGUAAUAUUGAUACCAUUAUGCUAUUCUUUGGUGCUUCUCUUAUUAUUGAGCUUUUGGCGGAAACCGGUUUGCAAGAUUAUUUAGCUGCUGUCAGUUAUGAACUAUCCAAUGGCCAUAUAUGGCCCAUGCUGCAUUGUAUUCUGCUCUCCUCCUGUCUGCUAUCCAAUAUCUUUGAUGGCAUAUUGCUGGUUUUGUUUAUAGCUCCCAUUUGUUUGCGUUUAUGUGAAAUUAUGCAACUGGACUGUACUCCUAUUCUUAGCUGUCUAAUCAUAGCCAUAAAUGUGGGUUCAACCCUUACACCCAUUAGUUCCAUAAGCAAUGAUCUGAUAUCAAACUCCCCGUUUUUAACCAGUCAUCAAAUACAAUUCAAAGAAUUUAUGAUCCACAUGUUACCCGCCACCUUACUAACGUUGGCCCAGUCGUACAUACAUUUACGACUACAAUUCCUUAACUCUGCUAAAAUGCGUAAUUUUGAACCAUUUCAACAACGCCGUCUGAAACGUUUAAUUAAUGUUUGGCGUAGAGCCUCUCUGCGCAUGGGUGACUAUACGUGGGAUGAAAGUUUGGCCCGACAAACCGUGGAUCGUCGCAUUGUUAAUUUGCGCAAACGUUUAAAACGUUUGGGCAAAAUGCCCGAAAAACCCUCAGGGUUUGAGGAGAAAGUUCAGAAUCUAAGAGCCAAUUAUCCCAUAAAAAAUAGUCCGUUAGUAAUCAUUUGUAUCUUAGCUUUGCUAACAACUUUCCUGUUCUCCAUUUUGUCUCGUAUACCUCAACUACUUAAAGUCUCUAAAGGUUGGAUUGCUAUAUUAACCGCCCUAUUAGCUUUAUCCCUCAGCAACUAUGAGGAUAUCGAAGGCAUGUUAUCGCGCAUAGACUGGUCCACCAUGCUGUUCUUUGUUACCCUGUCUAUCAUCAUGCAAGUCUUAAUCUCUUUGGGACUCUUAGAAAACAUUGGCCUACUGCUAGAGCAUUUCAUCAUCAAUGUCAGUGAACACCAUCGCUUAACAGUGGCCAUUUUAUCUAUUAUAUGGAUUUCCGCCAUUUUAACCACUUUUAUCGAUAAUGUUCCUGUGGCAGAUAUGAUGAUGCGCAUUAUUGGCACCUUGUCUCUAAAUCAGCACAUCAAUAUACCCAUUAUGCCGCUAGUCUGGUCUUUGGCCUUGGGUUGUACUCUGGGUGGUAAUGGUUCAAUUGUGGGUGCGUUUGCUAAUAUAGCUUGUGCUGGUGUGGCCUCCCGUCAUGGCUAUAGACUGACAUUUUUUGGUUAUCUAAAAAUUGGUUUCUUUGUUAUGCUGGGUAAUGUGGUGGUGGCUUCGUGUUAUCUGCUGUUGGUGCAUGUUGGCUUUCAGUGGCAUUAA